AUGUGUACCAUAACCGGCAAUUUUAGCAUUACCCUUUCGAAGUAUCGGUCCCAAGAAGCGGUCCCCCGUGUUUUGAUGUUGGGGAGUUUCUGCGGCUCGGAAUUCGGAAACGCAAGAGAUGCUUUCAAGCGGCUCGAUGCUAUGUUGAUGAAAUCUUCGGUCGGUCCCCUUGAGCCCUCCUUCGCUUUCAAACUUCUUUCCAAUGUCAAAACGGGAAGGUUAAGGAGAUUUCGUACGACUACAUGGAAUAUGAUCUAUGAGAAAUAG